AAAGCCCCGAAAGAAUGGAAGUAAGACAGACUGGGUGGUUCUUGGCUCAGUAUGAGAGAGGAGGGAGGGGGGCUUCUAAUGGGCUUGUGGGAGGACGCGUGUAGAAGCAUUCCUCUCAUAGUUUUGGGACACCUCUUCAGCCUGCAUACGUCAGAUUUGCCUCGAGUGUAUAAAAGGAGAUGGGGACUCCAAAAAGAAAGAAGAGCAACUACCUGUGAACUCACUGCUAGAUCUAAGGGUCUUUUAUGCACCGGGAGAGAUUACUACAACUUCUGAAGAUGUGGAAAGUUUUUGUAGUCUUGAUCCUGCACCUUUUACGGGUGUCAGCCUCAUGUCCAAAGGACUGCCGCUGUCCCUCUCACACCCCCAGAUGUGCAGCAGGAGUCAGUCUCAUGCUGGAUGGCUGUGGAUGCUGUGAAAUCUGUGCACGGCAGCUCUUUGAAGACUGCAGCAGGACUCAGCCGUGUGAUCACACAAAGGGACUGGAGUGCAACUUCGGAGGAGAACACGGCUCUGCAAAGGGCAUUUGCCGAGCUAAAUCAGAUGGAAGAACAUGCGACUACAACAACAGGAUUUACCAGAACGGUGAAAUCUUCCGUCCAAACUGCAAACACCAGUGCACUUGCAUGGACGGUGCUGUUGGAUGCGUCUCCCUCUGCUCACAUGAGCUCAUGUUGCCCAAAGAGGGCUGUGCCAAGCCCAGACGGGUUAAAGUCCCGGGACGGUGCUGCGAACAACUCAUCUGCCCUGAGGAUGCAAAGACUGAGAGCUCUGUGGGAAGGAAACACGUGAAAAAGCACAGCAAAGACAGACUGUCUGAAGAUGAGCUGACCAAACACAAUGAGUUGGCUGCUGUGUGGAGAGGAGAAUCAAAGUCUUUACCCGCUUUCAGGGGUCAUCCACUGCACCACAUGUUGGUCAGAGGAUUCAAUUGUGUGUCUCAAACCACAGCUUGGUCACCCUGCUCCAAAUCCUGUGGCACAGGACUGUCCACCCGAGUGACCAACAACAACCUCCAGUGCAAACUGGUUAAAGAGACACGGAUCUGUGAAGUACGCCCAUGCAACCAAAUCACUUUAAAGACAUUAAAGAAAGGUCAGACAUGUAUCCACACUGAAAAGUCGAGACGUCCGACUAGAUUGUUCUUCGCAGGCUGCCGUAGCCUGAAAAAAUUCCGGCCGAGGUACUGUGGGUCCUGCUCAGAUUGGCGAUGCUGCAUGCCCCACCGAACCCAGACAUCGCCUGUAAGCUUCCGGUGCAAAAACGGAAAGAUCAUCAGCAGGAUGGUGAUGAUGAUCGAGUCCUGCAAGUGUGACCUCAACUGCUCCGCCAACAACAGAGGAGCAGCCAACAAAAUACUUUUAAAUGAUAUCCACAAACUGCAAAUAUUAAGGAGAAAAGAAGUCCUGAAGAGUGCAGACUGAUAGAAACUGUGCACGUUGUUGGUGGCAGACGUCUGCAGGAUUGAUCUCCUGAAGUAUUUAGUUCAUAAUUGUGCUUCAUAGAAUUGGAGCUUUGUGGUUUUCUUCUUAUUGAAGCAGAUUUUUUUUUACUGUGAAAAUCCUUAUUUUUGUACUUUCAAACUUUAAAAUACACUUUGGAUACAUUAAAGGUGCACUAUGUAGUUUUGUCAGAUCAAUUUGAAAGUUGGAGAAGUGUACAGAUUAUGUGGUAACUGUCCUCAGAGGAAAAUCUGGUCCCUGUAACACUUUUUGAAGAUAAAGUGCUAUGUUAUGGUGACUGAAGGUAACUCUCCUGGGAGCUUUUUAGCUCCAAACAGUGUUCCAGGGACACAUUUUUGUCUUAGAGUAAAGUUGCUGUAUUCAGUUCAGAAAAUAUUGCAUAGAAUUGUUUCACUUCUCCAACUUUCAAAUUUCACUAGUACCAAAACUCCAUAGUGCACCUUUAAUGUUUUCUCUGAUUUUAUUCCAAAAUGUUACUUCACAUAUUUAAGCCUCUUUUGACAAGACAUCAUGGAAAUGGCUAUGGCAGCUUCCAAAUCAGCCAUUCCAAAAUGUUGCAAAGUUCCUGUUGAUUUAAUGUAUACUCUUUAAUUUUAUUUAUGGUUUAGGUUUCAUAUUCUAUUUGUCUCUUCAUGUAUUAAAAUAGUCAAUCAUGAGAUACUGUACAAUAGUACAUGUUUGACUUGUUUUUUAAAUGUUAUGAUAUAACUGAUGGCUGCAAAAUAAACUUUACCUUCGGUUGUAACUUCCAAAACAUCCAAUCUAUGCCUUUUUAUUUUUUUAAAUAAAGUAAUUUGACUAUGGAGUUUUUCUAAGAGUUCCACAUUAGAGGAAAUGCUUUGGUUUAAUGUUAGCAAUAAUGUGAACUAAUUUCAACUCUUAAGGGGUCUGUUGUAACAGUUUUCAGGAGGAAAUGAGCUAUAUGGUUACAACUGCAUCUGGCUGACCCACUUCUGAGAGGACCUACAUGUCACUGAAUAGUUUAGGGACUGGGUGUAAUGUAAACCUCGGAGGGGUUUUCCUGCUGUUGGACAGAUGCCGGUUGCAAGUUACUGGGUAAGAUAUUCUAAACUCCCCAUGGAGAGAUGCUACAUUGAGUAUGGAAAACAUUAUUUGCUCCUGACAAUGCAGCACAGUGAGUAUUAGCUGAAUAUUAUGUCAAUAAAGUUUUUUUAAACAAAUAAUUGCAUGAAGAAUGCAAAUUCAUGUUACACUGCUGAUUCUCACGAGUAUGGCUUAGUCUGAAUGCUAUUAUCACAUGCACUUCAGAUUUUGUUUUUUUAUAUGUGCAUCUGAUUGUGGUAGCUGUCCUGCAAGAAAAACAAUAAAUACUUGUG